UAGUAUCGGUUUGGUGCUUAAAAUGAGUGGUCAGAGCCCUUAGUUCGGAAGUAAAAAUUGAACGAAUCUGAUAUUACUGGAGGUGAGACAGAAUUAAGACUGAAAACGAACCUUUUGAAAACCACAACUCACGAAAACGAAUAAAUUUACACCAAAAUGAAGUGGAAAAUCUUGGUGCCGUUUGUUUUGUGUUCGACAUUUACAAUGUGGCUCAGUGUGGGGGCUGAACAGUUUUAUUGUGACUAUGAAUCGGAAUCAGAUCCAAAUGACUUUUCGAUGAGAGACCAACAUAACCACAACGACUUGACCUACAAAAUCACAUCGUAUACGAAUAAACUAUCAACAUCGGAAGUCAACGAUGUCAUAGCGGAAGCAUUCAACGCUUGGUCUGCAGUUACAGAUCUAACAUUUAGAAAAAUAGACAGUGGCAAACCGGAUAUUGACAUUAAGUUUGCGGAACAAAAUCAUGGAUGUAGAAAGACGUUCGAUGGACCGCGAGGAAUUCUAGGUCACGCUUCUAAGAGAUAUGUACAUUUUGAUGAUAGCGAAAAUUGGUCCACGCAGGUUAACAGUGGCAGUGUCAAUUUAUAUUCAAUUGCGGUUCACGAAAUUGGACAUUCGCUGGGAUUGGGUCACUCUACGUUUGACGAAUCAAUAAUGUACCACAGGUACAGACCGAGUAAUGUAAUAACGAAAUUGCACCGUGACGAUAUUGAUGGCAUUCAGAAGUUGUAUGGCGCAAAGACCACAUCGGGAAGUGGAAAUGGUAACAGUGGUGGUGGUGGUGGUGCAUUAACUGAUUGCUGGACGACAGGUUGCCAACUGAAUACAUGGGCCGUGGUAGGCUGCCAACAUUAUCAACGAGUAGAGAAAAGUAAGACUGCAUGCCACGGAGGAUAUAUGUACGAAUGCUGCAUAGGAAGUUCGGAACGCAGACAGCCUCGCACACAGUCAACUGGAACAACAUCACGUUCAUGGUCAGAAUGCUGGACGACAGGAUGUCAACUGAAUUCGUGGGCGGUGGUUGGUUGCGGGCAUUAUGGAAUGACUCAGAUCGAGAAAUUCAGCUGUCCUGGAGGAAAUAAGUAUAAGUGUUGCAAGUGAAAUCCGAUUUUUGUGGCUGAGAAUAGAACACCACAUUCGUAUCAAGUAGCAUAAAAUUGAUGCGACAGCAUGCUUUUUGAUGAUGGAAUAAAGCAAGAU